AUGUUUCGUCGUUUUAGUAUCUCUAGUUACCCUCUUGUAUGGCCACUCCUCUUUAGUGGACGAGGACGGCAACAACAAACAGGGCAGAAACAACAACAACAACAGCAAAGAGAAGAGAAAGAAGAAAAAGAAGAAGAACGGUCAUCUCAAAAGAUACUACCAUUCUCUUUACGACUAUCAUCUUGGGAUAGUAAAAGGCCAACAACAACAACAAUAACAACAACAUCACUCUUUACAUCAGUUCGGUAUUUUUCAUCACCCACUUUGCAGAAGGAAGGGGGUGGUGAGGAUGAAAAGAAAUUAGAAACUCCAAGUAUGAAGAAGGAAGAGUUUACAAAUUUAUUUAAUUCACGUUCUGUUGCUGAGAGAGCGGCGGCAAUGAAAAUGGCCCAAAAUCACCUUCAUAAUGCUCUCAUGUUAAAAGAAUUUAUUGAACAAAUGCCAAAAGUAAGUCGUGAUGAUAUUUUUCAACGAGGUAUUCGUGUAGAAGAGUGGGUGCAAGACUCUCUAUUACUACGACUUGUGGAGGAUUCAAAUGGUCUCUGUAGUGUAAGACUUUCUGUAGAUGCGGAAUAUUUUCUGGGAGAGGAAGUAGGUUCAAUAAAAGAGCAGAGAAAAAAGAAAAAUGGAGGAAAUAAAGAAGAAGAAAAAGAAGAAAAAAAAGAAGUAAAAUCAUCCUUAUCUAAUGAGAAGGAAGUAGUAGAUAUAACUACUAUUGGUAAUGUUGAACAACUUCUUCAUAUUCUUCAUUAUGAUGUUCUUGGAGAACGGAGACCAGGUGAAAGCAAUUACAGAGCAUUAAAUGAGGCUUAUCCUUCUUUAGUGCGAGAAGCCUCAAGAAACCCUAUACUACGAGAUAUUGUGAAUAAGUUAAAAUAUUCUGAAUUUCUUGAUAUUCUUAAUACUCCUCUUGGAUUAGAAACAUUUUGGGUAUUAAAUGAAAAAUAUAUUUGUAGUCGAAUCCCUGAUGAGACUCAACCACCACGAUUUGUUUCUCCACAACCAAAGGCAACAGUUGCGAAUCCAAUGAAUGCUUUUGGUGGUUGGGGAGCUGCAUCUAAUGUUCCUACUCGUCAAGAUGUGUAUGAAAUAUUAAAAUAUGUUCCAAUGAAUUGGGGUAAUUUUGGUAAUAUAAAUAUACCAGCAGCGAUAAAGAAGAAACAUAUUCGAAUCGCUUCUACAUUACAAUGGUUUCGUCGACAACCUUUUUAUUUUGAACUUCGUAAUAUUGCAGGAACUAUAGAAAUUCGACGUAGUGUUUUAUUACAUCCAGAACAUCAUGGUCUUUCUCCAGAAGAAGCUCAUGAACAAUUACAACUUCAAAUAGCCAAAGGUGAGGCAAAUAGUUUAGCUCCUAUGAAUGCUGAAGGUGAAUUGGUAACAGUAUCAGAUACCUCACAACAUACUGUAACUAUUUUAAAAUUUAUUACACGUGUUUGUCCAGGAUAUUUUGUUCCACCUUCACUUCUUUUACAACGAUAUACGAAAAAAAAUUUAACUCAAGGAGAAUUAAUUGCAUGUGCUAGAGGACGUCCAGAUCAAUUUGAAGAGUUACAAAUAAAAUAUACAGAUACUCCUUUAUUACGAAAACGUAUAGGUGCUGAUAGUUCAAGAUGGAAAGAUAGUUUUAUUGAAGAUUUUGAACGUUAUCCAGAAGAUGUUCGUGGUUUAAUAAUUAUUAUGGGACGUUUAUGUUCUACUUGGGAUAGACCACAUUAUGUUUAUGUUAGACUUUCAGAAGAGGAAAAAGUUCUCGUAGGAGGUUUUGAUGGUAUGAUGCAAAUCAUUAAACGACAUCCACAAGUUUUUCGUAUAGGUGAAAAUUUUAUUGCUCGUGUAGAUCUUUCAGAUCCUCUCGCAUUACGAGAACCUGAACCUUCUCCUGGUGAUAUGACAACACUUGUAGUAAUUCGUGAUGAAAAUCCUUAUCAGACAGCACGAGAUUUAGCUCUGGUAUUUCAUUAUGUUGCCCCAGAUGAUGAACCUUGUAGUGCUUCUUAUUUUUUACGAUGUGCAAGUCCUGCAAUGCGAGCUGUUUUACCACCAAGACUUAUUACACUUCUUCAACAAUUUCCUGAUUUAUUUAUUUGUAAAGAAACAUCACCUGGUGUUUUUUUAAUGCGUAAGGCGAAAAAGAAUAUCCGACGUUCAGCUAAUGUUUUUGAUGAUAAUGAUAAUAAGGAUAAUGAACCAUGGAAAAGAGAAGGUAAUAAUACUGAAAAGAUUUCUUUCACAUCAUCAUCAUCAUCAUCUCCUUUAGGUUCUUCAACUUCUACUUCUACCGGUUUUUCGAAAGAAAAAUCAGGCGACACAAACGCAGAAGAACCACUGGAUUUGGAAGCAGAAUUUGCAGAGAGUGAUUUCUUAUCACGUGAAGAAGUGAUUCAAGCAGUAAAGGCAUUAAUACCACCAGAUGGGGUGGAGGCCUCUCAAUUGCUUCUUUGGGCUUCCAUUGGCGUUCAACAAGCCGCCAAUAGUCAUUACGGUGGGGUUUUAAAACUCGUGGAAGCGAAUCGUAAACACUUUCGUGUUCAAGAAACCCAAGAAACAAAGAAAAUUUUCCCAGUAGAAGAG